UUCUUAUAUUUUAAAAAAUGUUCACUAAAUUACAUUCGAGCGAAAAAAACACGACCACGAGCAGAUCAAGAGAAGCCACAAGGCAAUUCCGAAAGAAGCGACGAAAAAUCAUGUAAUUGCGCAUUAAAUCGCCAUAAAAAUAGCAAUAUCAAUUAUAUUUUUCAUCGGUGGCUUAUUGUUUUCACUCGAAAAACCAGAGCACUAGGCUAAAACCUAAGGAUUCUUCAUUUCCGUAUGAAAACGGUGGCGCUAUCUCUGAAGCCGAAGAUUCCAAAUAGAAGCAUAGACACACGAAAAAACUUAUAAUAAUUCAAUGAAAGCAGCAAGCAAAAGGAAAAAAGUAUUUUAAUGAUGAUGCAACUGAAAAGAAAAUAGAAGAGAAAAAAUAUAAAAAAUGUGUGUGCGUGUGUGAACAAAUUUAAGUUAAAACUACUUGUGUACUGAGAUUGCUGUGCGUGCUUGAUCAUUGCUUUGUGGAAUAUUUUAUGUGCAGUUUAAUACAAGACAUUCCAUAUGUCUGACUCGGAAUUCAGUGAAUCAUUUGCCGGCCAAGAGGGAUAUGAAGAGCAGCAUGCAGGUCCUCCACAAACAACAGAACAAAUGCAUACCCAGCAGCAUACAGUGGCCGGGGCCACCGCCUUUGGUGAAUUGGCUGCCUCUAGCAGUACAUCGGGCGGAGAUUCUAGUGUUUCGUCCACUUCCUCGGAGGAUGAGUCAGAUGAAAAUGAAUCGGAAAACUCGUUGGAGUUGACAAAAAUCACCAGUGAAGUAUUGAGUUUGCCACGGGGUUUGUGUGAGAGUGCAGAGGUAUUCCAUGAAUUCUUCUCCCUGGACACCUGGCAUCAACUGCCAGUGCAAAUUCAAAAUCAUUUGCAACAAUUCCUGCCCAACUUUUCACAAUUACUGCCGCCACAAAUUGCUGCUGUUGAACAGGCCAGAACACUGUCAAUGCUGUUUACAGGCGAAUUGCAGCGAUUUGGACAAUCCCCUCUGGCACUUUUGCAACAGCAACUAGAGGCAGGCAAUUGUCGUCCUGAUAUUAAAAAACUAAGAGAAAACAUUAAAAAAUCGCAAAAACGUGAAAUGAAAUUUCGCAAUUGUGAACGUUUAUCGCAUAUGGCUAAGCGGCUGUUUCUUUCGCGACAACGCCUGUUGGACCAUGCCAACAAGUCUUUGCCAGAGUCGAUGGUGAAAGCAACACCUUCACCAUCCACAUCAGUGCGGCAACCUAAACCGGCGCAUCUUUAUCGCGAUAACAAACUCUCGGCUAUAAGAGCUCGCAAACGUUUCUACUGUGAGAUAUCACAAAUAGCCCAAGAUUUAGGUAUGGGAGAGAAUUUUGCUCUCAGUGCCGACGAGGACGAUGAGGAUAAUAAACUAAACGAGGAGAUGCGGAAAGAUUUACUGCAGCAACAACGUUCUGUGGACGAAAACGCAGAGCCUCCUAAAGCAAAUAUCGCAUUGGCCGAACGUUGUGUAUACAGCACUGUCUUCUGGAAACGGGCCGAUGUUGAUGACGAGGAGGCAUUUCGCUUCCAACAGAGAAGUCGCCAAUCCAGGCUGUCUAAUCACAACUUUAAGGAGUACUUAAGGGAACACAAGAGAAGAAAAAUGACUGAACCGACACUUCCCGAAUUGGAAACCUCCGACAUACGGCUACGUGAUGUUUGUGCCCGCGCCCAAAUGGGCAACUUUAAGCGUGUACUGGGCGCUGGAAAACCAGGACGUAAACCAAAAUCAGCAACAGCUGGCGCCGCAUCAUCUUCAUCUUUGCAGUCGUCUUCACAUGGAAAUACCACAAUUGAGCAUUCGGCAACGGGUCCAAAUAGAACUUCAUUACCAGUGAUAUCGCAGCUUGUGCCUCUUGCAUCCAAACUUAGUGAACCACCUGCCCUUGUUCCCAUUCAACCGAUUACCAAAAAAUCGGAUAUCUAUCAGUCGCAGAUUUCAGGAACUAUGCUGCCGCCCUCAUCAAUGCAACAACAUCCACAGCAGACUGCGAUGGAAAUGUCAGCCUUUGCCAAAGGCAAUAAUCAUAUGCAAAACCCACCUAAUGAUUCCCUUAAUAUGUCCUCAUUUAUGUCGGCUCAUGGUGACAAUUUGAAUUUGUGCAUGGACGAGUCCUCGUUGUUGACUGGCGAUCAUGAUGCCUUCAAUAUGCUGGAUAGUGAAGUGGAAUUGCAGCAGGAAGAAGUAGUAGAAACCUUUGCCAGUAGUAGCGAUGAUAAUUUGCCGAACUUUGUGCUAAGCGAUGAUAUGGUUAUGGGUUCAAGAAAUGAGACUUCGAUCUUGCAUACACCUCAAAAGGUUGAUGCAAGCGGGCGUCGCAUAAUCCACGGUCAACAACAGCAGCAGCAGCAACCUAUUCCCAAAUUGGAGCCCAUAAUGAGGAACAGUGAUGCAUCACCGAAACUGUCACUAAAAGCCGGCAACAGUCAAAAGUCUCCCUCGAUUUCUUCUUUGUCCGCACUGAACUGUUCGAGUGAAUUGAUUCAGGAGACCCAUGCAUCGUACUUUUCUUUGAUAAGGGACUUCUUCUGUUCAACACCCCAUCAUCGCAUGCGGUAUGAUGAUCUAAAAUCAAAAAUAGACAUUUGGUUGAGAAACCCUAUAACUGCUUUGAAUGAGUGGUAUUCUUAUGCGGGAAAUUGGUCGAAUCUUCUAGGUUCUGCCAUUAAUUUUCUGGUGGGAGACUUUCCAGACUUACCCGAUGAAUAUGUUCCCUAUAUUGAGCACAAGGUUCAACUGAAUAUCUAUCAGUGGAUAGGGGCAGGUCGAGACUCGGAUACACGUUUAACAGAGUUGUGCAACCUUUGGAUGGAUAGGAGAAAGCAUCCAAAUGAAAAUCCCUCCCAGCUCCCGGGCAACCAAAUGGGCUUGGACACCAAGUUGGAGGUCUUGCCCAGAUCCAUUGUGGAGAGUGAAGAUGCUGCUGAUGCUGCAGCUCUAACACCGCCCCCACCACCUCCCAGAUGUCCCACGAAUUGGACAGUUCGAGCAGCUACCGAAGAUGAAAUCAUUGAAUUCCAAAGACAAGAAAGGGAACGUUUUGAGAGGCCGCAUAAAGCUUACACCUAUCAAAUGCAUGGUUACGAAAGUGUAGUUGGUCCCGUUAAGGGCAUUUACACUCCAAUGCUAGCUCUAGCCAAGGCUCGUGGUCACAGCAUGAUGGUGGGGGAUAGGCCUAACUUUGUUACCAUUCUCACGCUUGUUCGAGAUGCCACCGCAAGAUUACCAAAUGGUGAAGGCACACGUGCCGACAUCUCUGAGUUGUUGAAAUGUUCGCAAUACAUUAACCCCGAUGCUGCAGAAAAUGUCUUGCAGACAAUUGUCAGUGGUGCAUUGGAUCGCAUGCACACGGAACACGAUCCCUGUGUUCGCUAUGACCCGAAACGUAAAAUUUGGAUAUAUUUGCAUCGCAACCGCACCGAGGAGGAAUUUGAGAAGAUACAUCAACAAAAUCAGACAGUUGGCAAGACGAAGAAGUUGCAGCAACGGAAGACCCGACCGUUUGCCGUCAAUGCUACAUGCAAUAAAUUGAACAGUCCAGAUCAGGAGGGUGGUAGCUUGUUGGACGCCGCCAAUGGCACCCUGCUUACUAUGCCCGCCCUUGUACCGGCUAAUCCCAUAAUUGUAAGUAACAGUGCCCAAAGGCAACAACAGCAGCAUUUGCAGCAUCAUCAACAAAUUCAACUAAACAAAUGUCCCCCUGUGCCGCCUUUGAAGUACAAUAUACCCUCCACGUCUGGGGGUCAGACCCAACAACAGCAGAAAUCUUUACUAAAGACCAUUGUACGGCCGGAAAGCAAGAUAGUCACACAAGCAGCCAGCAAGCAACACAGUUUUCAAAUGCCCCAAGCUAAAGCGAAUGCUCCCUCAAAUACUACUCCCAUUAUUGUGGCAACGCCGCAAGGCUUGCAAACGGUUCAUGUCUCGAAUGCCACAUCAGUGAUGUCUUCAAACAGCUCCAACCAGCAGCAGCAGCAGCAGACGUCGGCAGUGCAACAGACAAAUCUUACAGCAAAUUUGGCCGGCAAGAGGGUCAUGCUGAAUAAACCCAUAAUUAUCAAUCAAAUAACCAAUCAACAAACAUCAACCGGGGUACCGAAUUCCGCCACUGCCAUUGCCUCAACGACGCCCAAACACAAAUCGCCACAGCAAGUAGUUAAACAGCAGAAUCGAAUAACUCUGAGCCAGCAGCAACAGCAUCAAUUACAACAACAGUCCAAUAUUAUUACCAUACCUAUAUCAAUGGCAAACGCUGCAAAUGCAACGGAUCAAGCGAAUACAUCUCAAGCAUCCAGCAAUAUUUCCUCCUUCAGCGGCAAACAAAAUAUCAUACGCAUACUGCCGGCAUCGAAUGUCAAGACAAUUCUUACUUCGUCAACAGCUCAAGUGGUCAAUAGGCAAAGAAUUGUCUCGGCAUCCAAUCUAUCCACUGGUAUUGCGGCACAAGAACAACGUUCGAAUACUCAACAACAGCAACAGAAGACUGGCUUUCAAAUAUUGUCGAGCAGUGGAAAUGUUGUCACUAUAAAUAAUGCUGGAAGGCAGGUGACGGCAGGCUCAGCUUCCAACGCUCCGGCUGGGUCCAUUGUGAAAAUGUCAGCACAGGCUUUUGCAGCGCUUCAUCAAAAACAAGUCCAGCAACAGCAGCAAGUGACCCAACAGCAGCACAUGAUUAUGAAGCAAUCGGCAACCAUUGGAACAAAAAUGUCUACCGGUCAAACCAUUUCAGCACUUAAAACUCAAAGAGUUAUAGUGGGCAACUCCGGUGUUGUUGGCCAAACGACACAAGGUAAAAAUGUUGUACUACAUCAGAUUCCUGUUGGCGCCUCGUCUGUAGUUGUUACACCCACAACAUCAACAACGGUAGUCUCUGCUUCCGCCACAAGCUUAAGUGGAGGCAAUAAAAUACAAACAAUUAAUACCUCCAAUUUAACGCCCCAGCAACAAAGAAUACUCAUACAAAAUCUGAAGCAGCAACAACACCAACAGCAGCAACAGAACAAUGUUAUAAGUCAAAAUCCAGUACAAUACAAAACGGUACAAGUUGUUGGAAGCAGUGUAACAACAUCUCAACAACAAACCAUAAUUCAAAGACCACAGACCAUAACGGUGGCGGCUGCCGCACCGCAGCCAUCAACACCCAAGACUGUGGUUAUGGUACCGCACGAUAGCGGUGGGUCACAACAACACCCGCAACAGACUAUAACACGAAUACUCAAAACAAGUCCACAACUAAAAUCGGAGACAGCUUCAAGUACAACGUCACGCGUUAUAACCAGCUCGAGUGGUCAGAUCAUAUCUCUUGAUAGUUUAAUACAAAAACAAGGAGGAGCGCUACGCAUAACAGGGACUUUAAAUCCCACGGGCACAGUGAAAACCAAUGCAGGACAACAGUUAAACACCACAAUUCUACAAAAACCCCAACAACAGCAGCAUCAGCAGCCUAAACAACAGCAGCAACAAUAUGCCAUUGUAUCUGUACCGAACAGUAUUAUAUCCUUGAGUAAUUCCGGAAACUUUACUGUGGGCCAAAGGAUAAUCACCACUCAGGCAGCGGCAUCUGGAUCAUUUAAUACAUCUAUGGUCAAUGUGGAUAAUACCAAAGUCACCCCCGGCAUAGUUUCAGCUGGGGGUCAGCGUCGUAUAGUAACAACAACAUCCACAGCUGGAGGCACAAAAAUCAUAACAAAAGCUGGAAAUGUCAAUGUGGGCACACUACAAGGCAAACAAGUGGUAUUGGCCAGUGGUAAAACUGUUACCGCCAUCAAUAAAGCUCAACUAAGCAAUCAACAACAACAAAAUGUUGUUCAGACCACGGCAGGUGGUAUUGUGAUAGGAGGACAAACUAUUAAACUACAACCAGGAAAUAGUAAUAUCCAACAUAUAUUAAACAAAGGAGGCAACAUUGUAACAGCCCAAUCGGCCGCAACGACAACGACCCAAUCCACUGGCGGUGGAAGCGGUCAAAUGCAAACUGUUAUAAUGGGCAAUCAAAUACUCCGCGUACAACAGCUUCCACAAAUUGUUACGGCAGGUGGAGCCAAUGCGGCAAAUCGUCUGACCACAGCGAACGUUAUCAAUAAAGCAGGAAAUAUUGGUGAUGGUGGUAUUUCGAGUGCCGCAACUACACCUAAAACCAUAUUCUUGGGAAGCAGUGGACAAACGCUUAGGCUACAAUCUGCAACAGGUCAGACGUCCAAUAACAAGAAUGUUAUAGUAAAUACCAACCAACAGAGCAAUGCUACGGCGAAGACAUCCUCUGGUAGUAGUAGUGGCGCAUCAUCUACACCCAAUCGCCUUGUUUUAGCAGUACAGGGUGGUGGUCAAAUAUUUCUCUCGCCCAAUUUUCAAAGUGGCGGAAAUAUCAACCUUAAAACGUUACAAAAUUUGAAAAUGGUUCCUCUGGCUCAGGCAAAAGACCAGCAACAGACCGCAACCUCCAUUCAGACACAACCAAACAUUUUGAAGAUAUCACCCUCCAGUCAUCACAGCACAGCAAGUGAUGCCAAUGUUUAAAUGCAUUAACCAUAUUCCCGAUUUCCUUGUAAGAUUCAUUUCCACAAACUGUAAAUUGUUUUCUUUUUGUGCAAGCAAAGAGAAUUUAAAACGUAAGACGAGAUUUUAUCGCGUUGAAUGUAUUUAAAAAUUACGCCAAGCGUAAAACCUUUUCAUAAACAUAUUCCUCUAAAAAAAACCACUCCCCUGUAUAUACCCAAGAAACAUAACUAAAUACAUACCCUACAUUAUAUGUAACAUGUAUAGUAUAUGUAUGAAUAUUUGAUUAUAAUAAUUAAAUAUAUCCAAAGUAUCCUGCAUUUUUGCCCAAUCCUCCUUUACCUACCUCCCUCCCACCCCAUGGUUACACCAUUCACCAAUAUUCGCACUUAUUGGCUUUGUGGCCUCCAUGAUAUCACAAUCGCUACACUUCGUUAUUUUAACCUGCUUAUUAUUCACAAAGUUACAGCCCUGCCCCAUUAAACAUUUAAUGAAUGAUACAAUGAUACAAAGCAAAUUUUGUAUUUUGAAGUUUUAUUUUAAGUAUUUAAUUGAGAAAUAAACCACACAAACUAAACACAACAAGAAAUGAGUUAAAAAAAAAAAAAAAAACAAGAAAAGAAAACAGAAUUUCAAUUCUUAUUAAUCUUAAUAAUUAUCAAUAGUUCUUAGUAUAAGC